AGAAGUUGUGCUACACUGCUACGAUGCUACUACCAUUACUAAAGUUGGUUUUCAGCUUGCACAUGUCAUCCUCUAUCAUGUGUUACUAUUAGACAAGUUCGAGAACCCUAGAAGCUACAACUGUUUAACCUAGUGAUCUUAUAUCUCUUACUCGAUGCUCUAUCCAUGCACUCCCGAAGUACUACACAUAUCUGCUCAUCGAUACAUGUACCUUCUCAUGAGAUCUCAAAAUUGAGCAAUGUAGCGCUCAUUAUUACGGAUAUGGCAAUAUCACUCAAUUAAUCAUCAAAUCUUGCAACAAAGCACUACAAGUAGUUACUCAAAGCAUCGAUUAAUAAUGGUUUCUAGUAAGCAUGUGAUUGGCUCAACAUUUAUGUGGCGCCAGCUCCCCUGCAAGGCUGAUUAGGUGCCUGUCCUAGCGCCGGCACCAACCGUUUACAUCAUAAGGUCAAUUGAUUGAUUGAUUGAUUGAUCAUCACAACUUUUUUUUUUCUUUGCAACAAUUAACAAAUCACCGUUAAUCACAAAAUUCUAGUCGGGUUUGUUAAAUCGCAAUGUUCUCGCGACCAUUAUUCUCGGCGACCUUGCGCCAGGCCGCUCGACCAGCACCCAGACAAGUCGCAUCUGCCUACAUUAAACCCUCACCCUUCCUCACAAGCUUCCAACAUCGCCUGUUAUCCGACACCACAAAGCAAGCGAUAGAGAAGGCAGUCGCCACAGCCCCCGUAGUCCUCUUCAUGAAAGGCACACCCGAGUCACCCCAAUGCGGCUUUUCGCGCGCCAGCAUCCAGAUCCUCGGCCUGCAAGGUGUAGAUCCCAAGAAGUUUGCGGCCUUCAAUGUCUUGGAGGAUCCCGAGUUGCGAUCAGGUAUCAAGGAGUUCUCAGACUGGCCCACCAUCCCCCAACUCUACAUCAACAAGGAAUUCGUCGGCGGCUGCGAUAUCCUCGUCUCCAUGCACCAGGACGGCUCGCUGACCAAGAUGCUCGAGCAAAAGGGCGUCCUGGUCCCCUUUGACGGAAGUGCCGAGUCCGAUGCAUAGGUAUGUAAAUGGAGCAAACGAAAUGGAUGGGAAGGAAACACAACGAUGUGAUGAUCAAGCAAACUUGUUGUUUUUUUUGUUUUUCUAGAUAGAAGAAGAAGAAGAAGAAGAAGAAGAAGAAGAAAACAUCAUCCGAUUACUGGGACACCUGGGCAGGAUGGGAUGAAAGGAAUGAGGUUUGUACGAUCAAUCCAAAGUACCUAUAUAUGAAGCAUGCCAUGUAGGUAGACAAGAGACGUCUACGUACACUGCCUACCUACUUAGGUGAGUAGGUUAAGGUACAUAAUGAUCACAUUCGGUUGGGUUAUGGCUAUCACUAGGUAGCUAUGUAGGUACACACGUAAUUAUGAUCAAGACUCUAUAGCCAACAAGGUGACGAUACCUACCUAGGUACCUAAGUCACUUAAUAGACAAGCCUAAUAGGUACUAAGAGACUAUCUGAA